GAUUUCCAACUUCGACCUCUUCUCCAUCAAUCAACAACGACCAUCAUAGCUUUGCAAUUCAAGCUUGUACCGCAAUUGAGGAUUUCGAGAUCUCAAACAUCUUGUGAAUGCUCUUUUGGUGUCGUGGUUCAGUUGAGUUUCCGAGAACCUCACCUUUUAGACGAAAAGAAGGCGUCGAAUUGCAAUCUCUACCUAACCUUAAGCAGUAGCUCUCUAACUUCGACCUCCCCUUCUCCGUUCAUCAACAACACCCAUCGAACCCCAACUUCGCAACGCAACGGUGCUGUUGAGGUGCCUGCUUCGAGAUCUCAAUCGAUCUUGUGUAUGCUCUUGGAAUUCCAAGAUCCCACAAGAGGAUCACCAAACCACAAUCUCCGCACAUCUCAACCGCUCCUACUCACUUUCAUCAUGGCUUUUCACUCGUGGAAGGAUCCUUCCAUCUGGGAAGCUCGCGCCACCGCCACCUCAGCAGUAGAUGGAGACACCGCAAUGGCCGACAACCCAGCGAGACCUAAAACCCUCGCCGAACUCCUCAAAGCAGACCUCCGCCUCAAAGCCGACAAGAAAAUGCGAAACGUGCACUACGAAGGACUCCUCGAACUCCGCGAAUCCCGCGACAACCUCGACCUCGAGAUCGAAGGCACGGAAGCUGAGUUGGAAGCAGCCGAUGCAUUUAUCAGGCAAAAGCAAGUCGAAAAGCAAGUUGAUGUUCAUGCGUCGGGCCUUUCGAAUGCGCUUUUCAUGGCUUAUGGCGAGUUUUGUGAGAGUCUGUACUCGCAAUGGGGAGGUUUUAAGGGCAUCUCGAUUUUGUGUGACCAGCCACAUCAUGGUUCCUACUUUAGAUAUGACCCGGAGUUUUGCUUUUUUAAGCAGUUUGCGGAGGAGCAGGAGCAGGAGAAGAUGGAGCUUAGAGCGAGAUUGGAGGAGGUGGGGGAGAGGAUGAGGGAGAAGGGCGAGGAAGUGGGCAUUGAGGUCGAGGAAGAGGAUGGUGAAGAAGCAGCCACUGAUCAAGUUUCUGACAUGGAAAUUGCGGAAGCAGGAGAGGGUGAGGUGGGAGAGGAUGAGCUGGACCUGAGGAUCAAGGAGCACGUCCAUUGGACGAAUCGCAAUUUCAGAUGUGAGGCUUCUGUUUCUGUGGUUCGCGAAUUCGACGGAUCGGAGCGGACUGAGCAAAUUGUUGAGUUCUGGUCUCUUCCUCAAAUUGAGCCCCGGAGUGGUGUUGAGGCUACCUGGGGUGAGCAGUAUGUAAGUUAUCUACUCUCCGUCCACUUCCAAGAUCGCUGCUAAAUCUGCCUCAGCCUGAGCUCUACCGUCUCGCGAUCCGUGCUGCGAAGAACGGAUCGGAGGCUGCGAUGGAAAUGUUGAUGAGACUUCCAAGCAUGAGUGCCGAGUUCAAGGGUUGGCUCUUUGAAUACGAGUUUGAGGAGUCGCUGAAGGAUGAGCCGCUUCUUUCUAGGCGGUGGGUGUUCAAGGAGGCGAGGAAGAUUGAGGAGCCUGGUACUGUGGUGGAGAAGAAUAAGGGUUUGGUAAAGUUGAUCGCUGCUUAUUAAGGGGAGAAUUAAGUGUGGGAGGAGAGCUCGGGGUUUUGGAUUUGGAUAACGGCUAAGGCAAUUAAGUGGUUUACACUGCUAUGAGUUCUGAGUUGCUCGCAAACAAUGGUCGGGACUAGUGUGUCAAAUGAUUUGAUUUGAUUUAAUUAGAGCCUACUAAUUAAAUCGUACUAAUUAUAAUUAAAUAUGGUUAAUUAAAUUAUUAU